GGAAUUCACUCUGAACGUUCCCCUGAAAAAAAAGGCUGCAUUGUAGUAAGGCCGCAUAGAAUUCAAUGUAGUUUCGUGUAGCCUCAGUAGCCAGUGAUCAGGACUUAAUUAGUGACCUAGAUUUUCACUGGAGAUGUUGUUAGAUGUUUCGGGUCGGAGUGUAAAAGCUUUCCGUUCUCCAUGACAAACACAGGCGAAAGGUCCUGGAGCUAACUCGCGGUUUUUACGGGGGCGUUCAGCCGACUGCAAAACUUCUGCAAAGACUUAGUUCGGAGUUUAAAUCCACGCUAAAACUACCAAAAUGGAGAUUCACGAAGGGGCAGCGGCAGCAGGCGACAGCGUGCUCGACUUCUCUCGCUUGAACCUGAACACUUUCAGCGUUGACACAAUCAGCUGCGAGAGGAAAAGAGACACUAAACAGCUCUACCUGAACUACAACCGGCUGACCUCACUCCCCCCAUCCGUCAGCCUUUUCUCUAGCCUGGAGUUUUUGGACAUCAGUAACAAUGGACUGACGGUCAUCUGCGAGGGCAUAACCAAGCUGACCAGGCUGAAAACACUCAUUGCCAAGAACAACCGCCUGGAUGAGUUCUCGCUGCCCAAAGACUUUGGCUCCCUGCAGCUGGAGGUGUUGAACUUUAGUGGGAACCGAUUUGAGGAGAUCCCGCUGCAGUGCAUGAAACUGCUGCGUCUGCAGUCGCUUUCAGUCGGCGGAAAUAGACUGAAAAGUAUACCUGCAGAGAUAGAAAAUCUCACCAGGUAGGUCAUGUACCGAAAAAGUGAAUAUUUAGCCAACUUAGACAAAAUUUCUUAGUACUAGGAAGGUCGUAGGGUAAGAUAUUCAGUAAGGGGCCACCGACCUGUAACACGCCUUCCUUGUGGACUGUGUUGGUUUCGCGUUUAAAAUACAGUAUUUCAUUUUGGAAACAUACCAGGUUUGUAUCAGGAACGAUAAACCAGACUCCUCUGUAGCAAUAUUUAGCGUGUUAAGCCAUCUUAGGGCGUAUUAUCGAGUUAAUACGAAUGCAAGUAACGUGUCUGUGACUGGUCGGUUUAGUUAUUAGUUCAUUUCAGUUGACUGGAACAUGUCAUGGAACCAAAGUGCUGUUGCUAUGGUUACCCUUUUUUUUUCGCCCAUGAAACUUCGACAAGAAAAAACAUGAAAAGUAACAAAGCAGUCGAUAAGUUGGUGUAAAAUCUUGCAAGUUGUUAAUAGUUAAAUAAACAAGUAAGAACGAAAUGAAGUUGAUAAAUAAAUAGAUAAAAAUAGCCUACUUAUAUACAAACCCGUGGUCGAUUAAUAUGAGUUUUAGCCGAUCGCGAUGCCGAUAUUUACAGAGCAGAUCGGCCCUUGUCUGAAAUAUGAUGCUUGUUAUAGAGGUGGUGAUGGUGUUUUUUUUUUUUUUUAAUUUUUAUUUUACAAAAUAUAACAAUUAAAUAAUGAUAAACUCCAGUGUUUCAUCCACAUUACAACCAAAUACACACACUAUCUCAGUGUGGAUUGAUUUUGAAUUUAAUCUUGAAAUAAAAAAGUCUUCAAGGUUAAGAUCUCCAAACAUGACAUAUGUUCUCCAGUGACAAUAUUUAUGCCAUUGUUCUCAUUAUUCUACAAUUGAUAACAGAAUAUAUAUCAAUCAGAGAGUUGACCUGUCAUUUAAUGUUGCUUUACAGCAGCUACCCUGACAAAGAUUUAUUAAUUUUUUUAUUUGGCCCUGUUGGAGCCCGACAUCGGUCGAUGUGGCAAAUUUUGGGGUCUGAUUAGUUGUUCUGCCUGUAAUACAUACAUACAUGCAUAAGAACAUAUCCAUACACAAGCAAGCAAGAGCCAUAGGCUACACCACUUUGAGAUUUUGGUCCAAAUGCUACAUGUUAUACAUAAAAUAUAUGAAUAUUUUUUUAACCAUAGACUGUAUAUACUAUUCUAUGUACAGUCUAUGGUUAUUACCCAUCUGCAAGUGCAUGCAAGUGCAAGUAUUCACACCAUGACUACCUCCAGUCAAAUAUUAAACUCUAUGACAAUCUUUUGAAACUUGCUCAAGGACACUACUGAAAAUGCUUGAUGCUCUGUUUUCAUUUGAAAAAAAUGUCACCCGUGCUGCAUGUGCCCCAUUUAGAACGCAUUUGUGUUUAUCAGUUGUAGCUUGACCUAAUGUCUCGUGAGUCACAGAUGACCCACCUAUUUAUCCUGGCAACACCAACAGUUAAACACAACAGUCCAACUGAGGCAACCUGUUGCUCUUUGAUCAUGUUAUUUGAAAAUGGUCAGUUUUUCUCUCUUCAUUUGUUUGAAUGCUUGUUUACGGAUUUAGGACUUGGCAUCUACGGAGCAUUAUUACAGUUAUUCACAAUGUUGUAGCCAUCCCUUGAGUGUUUUUAUUGUAUGCUUUAUGAAGACAGCGAGACAGCCGUGAUAAUAAAUUGCUAUUCAUUAGAAAAAUUGCCCUGAUAUUGAUAAAUAAUUUUGUAAAAGAUAAACUUUUGGGUAGGACAGGACAAUGAUUUUGUAGAGUACAUGCCAGUAAGUAAACAGCUGAGAAAUCUAGAAAUGAGAAAGCCACGCUGUUCUUUAAGUAACUGUAGAACGUGUCAUGUAUGCUGUAUGUAGAGUUGUAAGUCAAAGGGGACACAUGAGUUCUUAUCAUUUUAUGAGUAUAACUUCAAAACGUCACACUGACCCACUUUGUCUGACUCACAAACAUGCUUGUGUUGCUCAUUCAGUGGUAAAGUGAGCAACGGGAAAAGGCAUAAUUGAGGCCAAUGUGGUUAUAAACACAUGUUGCCAGCCCUCAUUUACUUUUGGAUGGCUUCUUUCCUGUUAUAGCCUGUUUUUACUGACUGGAACUGACCCGUUGUGUGGUGACCAUCGGGAAGUCGGUACAAGUUUUCGGGAUCUGCCCCAGUUUCUGGAUUAGAUUCUGCUAAAUAAAGCUGUUUGUUUACAGAUGUUGCAAUAUGAACUAGUUGGAUCAUGAUUAUAAUAUUAGGAGGAUGGGGGGUGGGGGGUGGCAUGAUGUGUUUAGUGUGCAAGGCAAGGCUUAAAUCAUAGGCUAUAACAAAAGCUAGAUUUAUCAUAAACCUUAGACAUAAUCAUGAGUGCCAUCACGUGUAUCAACAGAUGGUUCCCUCAUGUAAACUCUUACAGUGUGGGCAUGCAAUCCAGUAUUGAAGUGUAUUUGAUGGUACUACAGGCAGGAGUCUGUCUCAAAGGAGUGAAGCUGUCUCAUAUAAACAGCUACAAAGUAGUUAGCUGUGUUGUGUGUCAAUGCUCGUGUUUAUAUUGGCAUGUGCACACUGGUGUAAAAAGCUGGAUAGCAUCACUGCAGGAUAUAUAAUCAGGAAGUUAUAGACUUCUGCUGUAAACAAACAAACAAAAACCUGUCAUGCAUUAGUGUCAGACAUCUUCAUAUCCCAUAAAGAGAGGGGGUCUAUACCCAAGUUUUUUUUAAUGAAAGUAACUGAAACAAAAAUGAACAUACUCUGCAUGGUGGUGUUAGACAUUAACUAUUGGAGGCUGUGAAUCAGUAAUUUGUUCAACAACUUUUUUCUCAAAUGUCACCAGAAGGGUUCCACAGAAAGAGGCUUGUUUACAUCUGUGAACAGAGUAAACAUGGCCAAUUUGAGGGCACUACGGAAAACUGCACAAUAAUACGACUAAUAAUACUAAUACAAUAAUGUACCGGCUAUCCUAAUAUGCCCCGUUUUCAAAGAGUACUUUAUGGCAUGUUUUGGAAGGAAACUCGGGGAUGUAAUCAUUAAACGGUCACCUGAUGACAACACAUGAUUAAAGCAGAGCAGUCAUGUUAUGUUAGUAACUCCUUUACUUUGUCCACAUUUCUCUUUGGAAAAGCCAUAACUCUACAACUGUGUUUUUUAAAUUAUCUUUAAUGUGUUUUCACGCUGACUUCUUAAGAUUAUUAUAAUUAUUAUUUUGGUGAGACAACUUAUUUUAAAAUGAAAACUUUUAAACGAUCGGUGGAAGCAUGGGGGGUUAUUUAGAACUUCCUGGUACGUACAUCAAAGGUUGUAACACGUCUUGAAAUGCGAACAGGGUAUGCCUAAACUCAGUGCAUUUGGCAUUAAGUGGCCCAGGAAAAAAGCCCAUCUCUAACUUGCGGGAACGGCCCUUUUUCCUACUGUACAGCAUUGUCACUAACCUCUAACUUCUCCCUCUGGUGGGUGAUUUGUGUCAUUGUGUUAGCGAGGGCAGUGAGCAGACCCCGAGUGUCUCCGUUUUCGGUCACAGAGGGGGCUUGCUCAGUGCUCAGCCACCAAGGACAGCAUAAUGGCUUCCUGUCUCUCGGCCGCUGUGUCAUCAGAUUCAGCAGGCAGAUGGCCUGACAGCUUACUUUCACUGACCAGCCAUCCAGUGCUCCCUCCUCCUCUUGGUUUUACUCCCAGUCCCCUUUGUGCUCCAUUAUCCACCAAGGUUACCAACAUGUACUGGCUGUAACCUUCUAGUUGUCUUCUUAACUUGGAGACCAUAGUCAAAAGCAGCUCAGAUCUAAAUUUAUUUCAUUUAUCAUCUUUGGUCUGUUACACUUAGUCUGUGCCCAGGUGAUGCAUAAGAUAAUCUUUGUUGUAUUUUUUCUUACUCAGCGAUUCUGGAAAUAAAGCCUAAGAGACACAUUUAGCCCCAGAAGCACAGUCCAUUAACAAAUAACCAUACAUCUUUAGCUCCCUCUUGUGGAGUGCUUGUGUUUUAAAUUUAGGUUACUCAGCUUUGUACUCCUUAAGAAACAUCCCUUUCUUUCCUAUUCCUCUAAUCUUUACCCAUCAAGCAGAAAAAUAGUCGCACUUUUUGAAAAUUGUACAACCAACUUAUGUAAGUUGUUGUGAAUUCAAAAGAAUAAUAUAAAGAAUAACUAAGUGGGCCUCUAAUAUAAUCAGUUUUACUCUACUAUCCCAGGUGAAAUUAUUCAAUCUUCAAUUAAGACAAAAUCAUUUCUUUUCUCUCCUUCUGUUUUUUCAGUCUUGAGCUGUUGUAUUUGGGAGGAAACCUCAUCACAGCUAUUCCUCCAGAAGUGGCAAACUUGCCGUACCUCGGCUACCUGGUGUUGUGUGACAACCGCAUCCAAAGUGUCCCCCCACAGCUCACACGGUAACUGCUUACUCUACACCACUAUCUGCUCGCUGUAAAAUCUUUUUGGACUUGAAGCUUCAUGCGUGAAUGAUGAGGCAACUGAUUUCUGUGUCAACAGUGUUUCAAAAUACUCUCUGUUUUCGCUUUAGGCUCCACUCGCUGAGAUCUCUAAGCCUCCACAACAACCUGCUCACUUACCUGCCGAGGGAGAUCCUCAGUCUGGUUCAUUUGCAAGAGCUCAGUCUCCGUGGCAACCCGCUGGUGGUGCGUUUUGUCAAGGAAAUGACUUAUGACCCCCCGUCACUGCUUGAGCUGGCAGGCCGCACAGUCAAGAGCCGGAACAUCCCCUAUUACCCUUGUGAUCUGCCCUCUAACCUGCUGCACUACCUGGACCUGGCCAGCAAGUGCCCCAACCCCAAAUGUGCAGGUAAGAGACUUUUCUCAUCACCCGCCCUUUUUCGGUUUGCCUCCUUUUAAGAGGAAUUUCUCACAUGUCAUAGCUGCAUAUAUCUCACAUUUGUCAAAAAAAAAAAACAGUCCUGUGUUUAGUUUGAACACUUUUAGGGUCUUAGAGCACAAAUAAAAAAAAUAGUUCACAUAUUAAAACGAACAGCAAAGACGUGAUUGUACUUUGACCCCUUGUGGUGGCCUUUGCCCCACUGAGAAACACCCUGACGGCAAAUUCCAUGUUGGUUUUUCCUUUUCUUUCUCUGGCUACUGUGUACAGUUGUUAUUAUUAUCCUUUGGAAGUUGACCCUGGUGGUUGUCAUACAACUCAGUGACCUCUCGCCUCACCCUGACCUUGUUUCUCCUGUCACAUUAAACUGUUUCCAGGUGUCUACUUUGAUUCCUGCGUGCGCCAGAUCAAAUUUGUGGACUUCUGUGGAAAGUACCGGCUGCCCCUCAUGCACUACCUGUGCUCCCCAGAAUGCACCUCCCCCUGCAGCUCAAACCCACAGAGCGACGCUGACUCAGAGGAUGAGAGCAGCGUGCCCGCUUAUCGCCUCCAGAGGGUGCUUUUGGGAUAGUCCAACACAGGAGAGUUUUUGGCUAACAGAGCCAUGCCAGUCUGUCACUGUUAAACAUUGAUACAGAGAUGAACCAUGCUGCAAGAUUUAACUCCUGACGAAAACACAGAACCACGCAAACACAAGAACUGAAAUUGUUUUACAGACAUUCCCAGCGGCUGUAUGUAAUGCACAAAAUGUGAGACAGCCCAUUCUCUCUUCUCCAUUUUAUGGAUAUUGUUUGAAAGAAAUCCAUUCCUUGUCUCAUUACAAAUCAAUAGGAGUGUGAAGAGUCAAGAAAACUCCUGUUUUUUUCCACAUAGCUAUGCAAAUCAACAGUCUUUGAGUCAUGGCCCCCAAAGGCAGGUUUCACGGUCUGGUGACAGAAGACAGUUGAACUCAGAGACUGAAGGAGCCAAUGGAUUCUUUUACUUUUCAGGGCAGCACACUGUAUUUCAAAGUAACACUUGGUGCUUCUCAGUGGCUGCCGAAGAUCUUUCAGGUUUUCUGGAACUUUGGAUGUAUACAAUUUGGCUUUUGUCUCGCUGUUGAUGCCACACAAGGCCAACAUUUACAUUUCUCCGACUUGAUAAGCAUCAGAGCUGCUCUGCUGACUCGAAAUAAAGUCUGGGGUUAAUGAGCUUUGGUAUAAUUUAAACACCACUGUUCUAAAUUAUGCAAAAUUGUCUCAGUACAGUGUGUGAAUUGGCCUAUUCACACUCAUUAUGGGUGUGCUCAGUGAGGCUUGCUCUGCAGUAAAGCUGUCCUACACAAAAGUUUAUCUUUUUAUCAUUAGCACUAACCUUGAGAAAUGUUUGCCUUAAUGGCACAGGAGUUUGAAUCUGACCCACACGCUGGGUUAUGGGAGCAUGUGGAAUAGAGUACAUCUGGGCUAUACCAGGGAAAACUAUUUCCAGUUCUUGCAUAAGAAGAAAAGCUACUAAACAAUACAUACUGUUAGUGUUUGUGUCUGGGCUUGAUGGUUUUCUCUAAGAAUAAGAAUCUAGAUGAGUGAAGUGCUUCAGCCGAUGAAGCUUUUUUUCCUUCCCAGACAGGAACUUCAAUUCUAACAGAAAGAAUAUCAUCAGAAUUAUUAUUAUUAUUAUUAUUAUUAUUAUAUAUUUUAGUUUUUAUUGUACAUUUCUGCUUUAUUUUUGCUUAUUGGGAGAGCUGGGGAUCUUGUAGUCCACCAGACAGCCUGUGUUCAUCAGUGAGGCGGAGAGGUGCUCCUGGCUUUACAAUAAUGUUUAUAAAACAGAAGAUUGCUCCUCUCUGUUACAUUAACACCUAUCAACUAAAACGUUAAGUGCCUUACUAAUGUUGACCCUUAACAAAGUGGGGUAGAUAAUCAAAAAAAAAAUGUGAUAUAUGUUCCCAGUAAUGUGACAAGAUUAACACGAUGAAUGAUCAAUCUCUUUUUGAGUGAUUUUUGUACUCACCAGAUAACAGUAAAAAAAUGAUAGCCUUUUAUAACAAGAUAGCUGGUUUUAUAAAAAUCACAUAUCAAUUGUUAAAUACGCUUCAUAUUUUAAUGAUCUGCAGAGUAGAUGGCACAUUAUAAUGUGUUAUAUUAAUUGUUUGGUCUUGUGCUUCAUAACAAUGAUGUAAGUUAACUGUACAGUAUGUAAUAACAAUAAUAAAGACUGAUUGUAAUAUCUCUAAA